AUGGAUCAAAAUGACUAUUUAGACGAUGUUGUCGAGACCCUCAGCGUCAUCACAGGCGCUCAGCGGCCCCGGAUCGGUCAGGUCGACGCGGUGAAGCGCUUGGUUUAUGAUGGGACCGAUACCGUGUUGAUCGCGGCGACCGGUUACGGCAAGAGCGCCGUUUUAUACGCGUUUUCGGCUUUGACGAGCAAGAUUACGGUUCAGAUCGUGCCGUUAACAAAGCUGGGAGAGAACCAAUACAAAGAAAUUGCAAAAAAGGUGCCGAACUCGAAGCCGUUGAGGUCUCUGUUGCCACGGCGUCUCCGCUGGUUUGGUUGUACGGCUACACUGGACCGUGUUAACCAAGAUUUUAUCCUCAAGCAUGCGGGCUUCGACUUGGACAAUCUCGCCGUUGUUCGGACCUCUGUUGACAGACCAGAGAUCUCGCUCGUCAUUCAGCCGCUCAUGCGCGGUUAUAUGAAGGACUACCGUCGCUUGCAUUUUCUCCUCGAGGCCGCUACCCCCACUACAGUCGCCUCUAUACCCAAGACGAUCAUAUACGUCGACAGCAAACCGCAGUUGAUCAAAGCCCGCUGGACGCUCCUCAAGCAUUUGCGCGGCGCUUGUGGCUUCUCCAAACUUUUGUCAGUGAUAAUGGACGAUUAUCACUGGUUGUCAAUGUGUCACGGUUAUGGUCGCGUACCACGCCCCGAUGAGGGCACGCGCGGGAAGCGUUCCCAGCCAAUCAUUAAGAAUGGGUCUCAGACCAAUCAGCAGAGGAACGAAGGGAACGGCUACCGUUCCCAGGAUCCAGUCUGGAACGAGAGGAACGAUCACCGUUCCUCACGUUCCCAGCAAAAGGUUAUACGUCGUUACGAUGCUGACGUCAGGGAUGCCGACAAAGAUCUCAUCUUCAGCGACUUUGCGAACGAGCAUACCGACUGUCGAAUCGUAUUUGUCACAGUCUCAUUGGGCAUGGGGAUGGAUCUUCCUGACGUUGUUCGCGUCGUACAGUUCGGUUUGCCACCCGGCGCCAGCCUCUCUGACUCGUGGCAGCGCAUUAGAAGAGCGAUGCGUGAUAAGCGGAUGGUUGGCCAGAAACAGGGUACGGCAAUUCUGUUUGAGUCUGCCAGGUUCCUGGGAGUCUGGCUGGACCGGAAGCUCAACUGGAAAGCCCACCUUACAGCGGUGGAGAGGAAGCUGAGGACCCAGAGCUAUGCCCUGUCGAGGCUAGCGGCGUCGACGUGGGGACUGGGGCUAGCCAAAGCGCGAGAAGUGUACACAAAGUGCAUCCGGUCAGCGCUGGCCUAUGGCGCAUCGUCGUUCCACAUCCCCACGGAUGUGGGAGGCGAGCCGGUAAAGAAAAGCAUCACCAAGGCCCUCGGGAAGGCCCAGAACAAAGGCUUGCGGAUUGUAGCGGGAGCCUUCAAGCACACUCCCAUCCGCAACCUCGAGACGGAGACAUGGGUGCCACCGUUGGACCUAUAUCUCAACAAACGGCUUGCGGACUUUGAGACCAAACACCAGCGAACCGACCUAGACGACGGUCAAGGCGGCAAGAAGACCGCAGGGAGCGUUAUUCUUACCGCCUGUCAAAGGAUACAGCAGAGACUACGCUCGAAGAGCGGUAACAGGGGCCGACCGCGAACUGUGGGACUGCGGGAGCCCACGGUGGUGGAGAAAGCCGCGAGAACGAUCGCGCGCUGGACGGGGGGAACCGUAGAUACGAACAAGGUAGUAGAAGAGGCUUGGAGGGCGAGGUGGUUAAAGGAACGGGACGGCAGAGCGAUCACCAGACCGGCGGACGACUUUGACCAUCAGCAGGAGACUCUAUUCCGGAACGGAACCCUAAGGAGGCACGACGGUCUCAGCAAGGCGAAGAGCUCAAUGCUGAUUCAAAUCCGGACGGGAGCAUAG